CUCUCCGUCUUCUGGCUCAGAGCAGUCCUGGCCACCGCCAUUGGGAACAGAAGCGCUAGGCUACUGGUGUUACUCUAAAAACCACCCUUCAUUCUCACGCCGGAAGCUGCUGUUCUAGCCGUAAAAGGACGGUGUGGUCUUCAGUUUGCUAUGUCCACCAACAAUAUGUCCGACCCACGGAGACCCAACAAAGUGCUGAGGUAUAAGCCUCCGCCCAGCGAGUGCAACCCGGCUUUGGACGACCCGACUCCCGACUACAUGAAUCUUCUCGGCAUGAUCUUUAGCAUGUGCGGCCUCAUGCUUAAGCUGAAGUGGUGUGCUUGGGUUGCCGUCUAUUGCUCCUUUAUCAGCUUCGCCAACUCUCGGAGCUCGGAGGACACUAAGCAGAUGAUGAGUAGCUUCAUGCUCUCAAUUUCUGCCGUCGUGAUGUCCUAUCUACAGAAUCCUCAACCCAUGACACCGCCAUGGUGAUGAGACCCAGGAGGACUGGAGCCUGUACACCGACACACCUUCCCUUUGGCCCAGCCUUAGGCUGGCUGCCUCCGCCCUGCCCUCAGCUGCUGUCCUACACUUGCUGGAGUGUGGGCUCUGGGCUCCCAGCUGAUCGGAGGGAAGUUGGCCCUUUCUUUGAGGUCCUACUUCUGCCUUGCCAGAGGGUUAGACCCACAGACUUCCCUUGCACCGUCCUUCCCAUGGCCACUGUGAUGGAAAACCCUGCUCAUGUUUCUAAAUAUUCACCUGUUUCUUGAAACCAGUUGAUAUAAAAUUCUCCACUCUG